ACUCCAUAAAACCCCUUUGACCCUCUCUUCCUCACGCACCAAACUUGGGUAACUCUUACAUCUGAAAUCAUUCAUUCCUGCUGAUAAAGCUAGCCAACACUACCUCUAGCACCAAUACAACAAAUCAACACCACCUCUAGUUCCAAUAUAACAAAUCCACUGGGGAACUCAUCUUUUUUAUGCCAUAGCCACCAAACAUCUUCUUUCUUUAUUUUUCUCCCCCUCCCUACCUCACACUAUAUUUGUACAUCUGUUACUUGCCAUACACAAUUUAUGGUGCAAUGAGAGAAAGACGAAUGGAUCGGUUCGUCAUCCUUCCCUUCUCCGUUGGCUGCGUCUCUCAAUCCAGCGUUGCAGUCUGUGAGAACCAGUCGAAGAAAGGUCGAGCUGAGACAGCAGCUCCAGCGCCGACACCGAGUACUAGUGGGAAGCCAAGGAACUCCUUCAACGUCCUGCCGUUUCCGCGGCCGCCCAGCAUCGCAUCGGGGUUCCAGAAGCUGGCCAAGAGCAUCAAGAGCUUAUCCCACUACUUCGUGUUCGAGGAGUCGGAGGAGGAGGAGGAGGAGAUGGAGAUGGAGAUUGGGUUCCCGACUGAUGUGCAGCACGUCGCUCACAUAGGCCUGGAUGGGCUCAGCCACACCAUGAGCAACAAGAAGAGUAGCUGGGACACGGCGCCCCCGGAGUUCCUUCCUCUUCCUUCCUUCUCGAUGAAGCAGUUUGAGCUGGCCAUGGCUGCACAAGCAGGUGCUCCUCCACCACCACCACCACCACAUGGUCCCCAUGGCUCAUGGCUUCACUGAGGCGCAGUUAAUUUGUUUGUUGUCGCCUUGUUCCUUUUGUUUUGGGGCUUUGUGUUUCUUCCAAGCCGCUGCUGUAGUUGAGGGUGAUUGAGAGGGGGCAUCUGAGCAUGUAUAGCUUUCUGUAUCAGUAUGAGAAACCGAUAACAAUUUUCUAGCUAGUUAAUUUC